AUGUCCCAGCACCAUCAACAUCCAUCACCACAGAUGGUGAUGGAUACAUCCCAUCUAGGCCACCAUAGACUCGGGCCGCCCCAGUUUGGAGCUCAAGGUCAAGUUAUGGGGCCCAUGUACCAGACUCUCUCGACUCCAACGCCACCGAAUCAUCCUCAACAUUCGGUUCCCGGCUCUAGCAACAAAAGGCCGCGGCCAAGUGACCUCGAUCUAUCAGUUGCCGGUAUGGCUGAAUUAGAACACUCGGAUCUUAGUGGCAUGCAGCAAACACCACUGGGUGCUGCUUAUGCUCACGCUGCCGCUGUGGCCGUGUCGCAGUCUCAACACCAACCUAUACAUCACCACCACCAUCUUCCCGAUUCGGAGCCACCUUCCAAGAUGAUGCGCCGCGACGAAGGCUUAGGAGGCGCCCCAAGUGUUGUGGGACAAGUUGGAAUGCCAGAUCCAGCACCACGACCACGGGGACCAAAGCUGAAGUUCACACCAGAAGACGACCAGCUCUUGAUCGAACUUAAGGAGAACAAGAAUUUGACAUGGAAGCAAAUUGCAGACUUCUUCCCCGGACGAUCGUCAGGCACAUUACAAGUCCGAUACUGUACGAAGCUAAAAGCAAAGACUACAAAUUGGACUGAUGAGACAGACCAAAAGCUUCGAACCGCACUUCAGGACUACGAGAACGAGAAAUGGAGAAUUGUCGCCAAUAAAGUUGGGACUGGCUUCACUCCCGCAGCGUGUCGAGAACGGGCUGAGCAACUAAUAGUUGAGGAUCCAGCAACUUUGGCGGCUUUGUCACAGUCAUUAUCACCGGCCAUGGCCUCGAACGCGGAUUCCGAUGAACAUUUAUAUUCACAUCAUCAGCUUCAAUAA